AUGUGCGAGUGUUACAAAUUGAUGUCACUAUGUUCCUGAAGUAAAAAAAUGGAGGAGUUUAAAGCAGGUGGAAGUGGGAGAGAAACUCACUCUUGAGGGAACUUCUGGAUGUUAGCCUUUGCAGAUCAUUUACAUGGAUCCUAUACAAAACACUACAGGGGAGGGGAAACCCCAAAAAGCACCACUUUUAGUAAAGGAUUUGAGUUCUUCUUCCAACACUGGUCUUCAGUCUGCAGCAGAGGAGGUGUAGACUUCCUGUUGUCCUUUUAACUGUUAUACCUCCAGGCCUCUCUGUUUGGGGAUUCCCUGACUUAAGCUUUCCUUUCGCUACAUGUUUUUAUUCCCCGCAGCGUUCUUCAUUGGCCUGCUGAACACCUUUGUCCACGUGGUGAUGUACUCUUACUACGGCCUGGCUGCCAUCGGCCCUCACAUGCAGAAGUACCUGUGGUGGAAGAAAUACCUGACGUCUCUGCAGCUCGUGCAGUUUGUGCUGUUCCUCCUGCACUCGGGCUACAACCUGUUUGCAGACUGCGACUUCCCCGACUCGAUGAACGCGUUGGUAUUCGUCUACUGUGUCUCCCUCAUGAUCCUCUUCCUUAAUUUCUAUUAUCAGAGCUAUCAUAACAAGAGGAAGCAGAAAUAAGAAGUGUAAGACACACUGAGGCUUCAUGAGAGCAGCUGACAAUGUAUUGUCAGCUUGAGGGAUGUUUUCCUGCCUGCAGUACUCACUAGCGUCCACUAGAGGGAACAACACGCCCACAGUCUGAGUGUUUUUGUCAUGGUGCUCGUUAUCAAAGGUCAGAUUUGAACAUUGUAUAUUUAACAGACGUGUACAACUAAAUGUGGUUUGAGAUUUUUGUUUUUGAUAUUGUCCAUUAUAUGUUAAAAAAGAUAAAUGUCACGGGAUCAUUCAAUUAUUUAUUCCUUAAAUUGAGAAAUGACAAACAUUCAAAUGAUUGCUGUAAACAAACUGUACAUUUUAUACAUAUAAUAAUAAUAAAGUAGGUGGGUUUUCUUCUGCAUUAUUGCAGAUUUAAUAAGUUCAAACCCUCCUGCAGAGAUAAAUCAAAAAAAGCAAAACACUUAACGACAAAAUACAAACAAGUUUUUUUUCCACUGCUUAAAACACGGCAACAUUUAUAUAUAUUCUAAUGUACACUUCAGUCUGAGACAGAUUGAAGGAUGUAGAUUAGAGAGCAAACACAUGAAGAGGAGGGAGAGGAUGUUUCCUUCAGUCGCUUUGUUGUGUUUGAAGUUGAUAUAAUUACGCUGAAAAACCUGCUUGUGUACAUGAGUUCUAGAUGUGCUUUAAGAAUCUAAGAAAUAAAGCAUUUUUGAUUCUUUAAUCGACUGAAGGGCACAUAUUAAUGUUUUUACAUCUUGAUUUUUAAGCUUCUUUGACUUUGCUAAUAAAAGGACAGCUCUGAGUUAC